AUGGUGCGGGUUCUAAAACUGCGGUUUGGUGCGGCCUGGUUUGGUCCGAUCCCACGAGAUGUGAAUUGGCACUACUCGACCCCGAUAAUCCUUGCUAGGGGUUGCGCCCGCGCCGCCGCCGUCGCUCGGGCGCUCCAUCGCCCACUGCCACCGGCCGCCCUCCAAGAAGUCCGCCCUUCCCCGUCCCCGCCUCCUGACCUUCUUCGCCGCCUCGCGGUAAGGGUUGCGCUCGCCGCCGCCUGCUUCCUCGCGAAGCUCCACGGCUGGCUGCCCUCCAAGAAGUCCGCCACCGUUUCCCCAAGGCCAGAUCUGAAGGAUAUUCUCAACGAUUACUUGCUUGCAUGCAUGUCUGGUCAGGUGUAUAUGAAGGAGAGCUAAAUUGAAUCCACUAUUCUCUAGCACAGUCAAUGCUUUUAGCUUGGCGAUGAUUUUAGCUUCAAUGUUUUUGCUUGGCGAUGAUUUUAGCUUCAGACCUGGAAAUGCUACAAGCAUGUACUGGACUUGUCGAUAUAUUCAAACUAUCUCAAUUUGGUAGGAUUUAUACAGGGACUUGUUCUUUUAUCAUUUGAACCAGCUCGCAUUGUCUUGCAUCAUCAUGAAUGCAGCACAACUUUCUUCCCCUAUCUGAAGUGAAGGCCUGUACCCCAAUCAGUGUCAUGGUCAUGGAGUUCAGCCCUUCUUGUGGUUACCAGUGUCAUUGGAGCUUGCGCUGCUUGAUAAUGACUUUGGAGCAGAGAAUGAUCAUCUAGAUUAAUUGUAAAGUUGUUUUCUCUUAGAUGUGUUUUAUUUCUUCCGUUUUGGACCUGUAUAAUGAUUUUUUGCCUCCGUUAAUGCAUCUGGGGAUAUUGCUUUGAAUGUUUAUGGGCUUGUUUGCAGAUGCUAUUUAAGAUUAAUUAAUCA